AUGGUUUUAUCCUUCUCCGGCAGCAGCAGCAACGGGAUACCCAUACCGUCAUCCUCUACAACUUCACCCACCUCUCCAAGAGGAAUACCUUCCAACACCAUCACUUCCUCACCCAACAACAAUAACUCUAGCCCAAUUCCCAUUCCCAACUCGAGUAAUUCUCUCUUCACUAAACGAAAAACAUCUAAUGCCAAAUAUAAGCCAUCCAAUCUUAGUAUUUCAUCAGUGCGGGACGGCAAGGUUUCAAGAACACCCAAACAAUUUGAAAUUCCGCAAGAAUUCUACAUGUAUUCAUCAUCAGUGCCGAAUCCAACCACUUCACGACCUUCUUCAGUUUCUUCAUCAUCCAUGAUGUAUGGCAUGUCAGCAGAUGAGUCAUCAUCAUCCCAUCAACAACCUCCUCAACAUCAUCACCAUUCUAGUAAAUCUCUCUCGUUUGCUAACAUGAACCGUCAUCAGCAAGAUUUACCAUUCUCUCCUCCUUCCACCUCAUCAGCCAUGAUGAUCAACACAUCAACCAUUUCAAGAGGACAACACGGAAUGCAUUCGGUUUCCUCCUCCUUUUCAAACUCGUCAUCUUUAUAUGCCACUCCUCACUCUGCUUCGUCGUCUGGUUUUCAUCAUCCUCAUCAACACCACCAUCACUCAUUUUCUCAACAACAUUUUCCACCCAGUUCGUUGGGACAUAAUCACUACACUUCAGGCUAUUUCAAUCCUCACAGUUAUGGUGAUAGCAGUAGUGUUUGUUAUUCACUGAGCAGUAGUGUGGAUUCUACAUGUUCGUUUGCAAGUCAAUGUUGCAGUCCCAACGGAGGGUCGUUCAUUCCCUAUGACAAAUUAAACAGAAAAUUUAGAAAAAUUAAACCAUUGGGAGAGGGUUCAUCGAGCACAGUUUCGCUGGUACAACAAGAGAGCACUGGUCUGCACUUUGCUGAGAAGAUUAUUGAACAUUAUGAAGAACGAGAAUCCAUUGUAAAGAAUGAAGUUAAAUUUCUGUCCAUUUGCAAACCAUGUCCAAACGUUGUGACGCUUUAUGACUGCUUUCAGAAAGGCAAUUCUAUACACUUAAUUUUAGAAUACAUGGAAGGAAAUUCGAUAGAUAUCAUUGCUAAAAAAUACAGUAAACUGUCAAGAAAGCAACGACAAGCAAUUGAGGAAGAUUUGGACGCACCCUUACCAGCACAUCUCUCACCAAUGACCUAUGAAGAUUGCGGUGACUCAGAAUUAAUUACUUAUGACGACGAUUUGGAUGACUUGAAUGGAAACGAUAUCAUGGAAGAUGAAAUGUUUCCCAUGACAGAUGUGAAUAGUAAGGCAGAUAAACAAUCAAAGAGACAUUCUUCCACUCGCAGAAGGCUAUUCGCAGAAGAUACUACAGAUAGCGCUAAAAACAGUGCUAGUGACCGCAGCCGAGGCAUUCCUGAAGAGAUUCUGGGAUUAAUGGUUGUUCAAGUUAUAAGAGCACUUUGCUUCUUGGAUGAACAUAACGUGAUUCACUCCGACAUUAAGCCCAGUAACAUUCUUCUAAACAAGAGAGGCGAGGUAAAAUUGACAGAUUUUGGACUUUCAACCUACGCAGACGUUGCACACAAUAGACUAGGAUCAUUUGCCUACAUGAGUCCAGAGAAGUUACAACACGGAAAGCAUAGUCACAAAUCUGACGUAUAUUCGUUGGGCGUUUCCAUAUUGGAAUUAUCGAAAUGCAAAUUCCCAUUUUCCGAAAGUGGUUUUCACAUGCACGAGAUUCAAACCCUUGAUGUGGAAAAAUUUGUUGGAGAUUCACAUUCAUAUGAUUUUAAAGAUUUUGUGAAGAAGUGUAUUCAAAUUGAUCCUUCUUCCAGACUUUGUGCUUCUGAAUUAUUGCAACACGAAUGGAUGCAACCUUUCAAGAAUUUAGAUAAUGACAUUGUUUGUUCCAAGAUUGCAAAUUGGUACAAUAAAUUGUUUGCUUGA